ACGCUUGGUCCGCUUGGUGCAAGCAUGCAGAGUUCUUGGUAUUGUUCAACAAUCGUGUACUGGCGUAUACUAUAUUUAGUGACGUCGAUCACGAUCCGGGUUGCCGCGUCGAUCAAUCGGUCUUGUUGUCCAGGUUCCUAAUUGUGUUCCUCCAUUGACUUGGUAGUCGUUAUCUGCCCUUUGCUGUACCAUCCUCUGCUAUAACUUGAUGAACGCCGUGCAUAUGUAAGGUACGAACUUUGACGACCCGACGGCGGACUCCUAGAUUGGCUUGAGUCAUAGACCUGAGACAUUUCGUUAAUGCCUUGUGAAGCUGAAGUGUUAAACAUGCCAGACUUGCCCAUUUCAUUCUUUCAGGAACGUGAGCCAGUCGAAAGGGGUAUAUUAGAAACAGAGGAGAGGAUUCUCACAUACGCUCAAGAGCUGCUUGACCUCAAGUUUCGACUCAACCAAAUCCUACCCAUCUCUCGUCUACCGCCGGAGAUUCUGGCCCAUAUCUUCGAACACCUCGUUUGGAUCGUGUACCGCAAUUAUAGACAGUCGCAGAAGGAUCCCAGGCGUUAUGGCGACGUCUCCCCAUAUUCGUGGUUGCGAGUUACGCAUGUCUGCCGUCACUGGAGAGACGUCGCGAGGCAUUCGCCACCGCUCUGGACUCAGGUUAUUCUAAUGAACGCACCUUGUGUCCAAGAGCUGCUCACCAAUUCUAAAGGACUCCCCAUCUCGGUCGAACAUGGCCGGGAUUCUGAAUCUCUUACAGCUCAGGAGUCACUCAGUGUAGUCCUUGAGAAUAUGCCGAGAGUCAAGCAGCUGAAAUUGACGUUCUCAAGACGACCAUACCGAGCACUCUCCCUGCUUCCAUCAUUGCACGCACCCAUCCUUCGCAACUUGACUAUCAUCACUAGCAUAACGGGGGAUGCCCUUCCACCUGUCUUCCAGCAGUCAGGUUUAGCCAACCUACCUCAUCUAGAAUCGCUUGAGUGCUCCGGAUAUCCUUUCCUCUCCGCACGAAUGUUGUUUCGUUCGACGUUGCGGCGGUUGAGUCUGUUACCCUGUCGGGCUCCGCCUUCCCCUGCUCAAUUAUUAGAAAGUUUGAGUGGCCUACCGCUCCUCGAAAGUUUGAACCUCGACCUUCUCUUCCCCAUGCCUGCCUUCGGAUCAACUCAGAGCUACGCGGAGUGGUUUAAUAGCGGUUCCCAGUCACAACAAACUGUCGCUCUUCCUCAUCUCAAGAAUCUCGUAUUAUCCGAGGCAAGCUCGGGAAUGGCUUCAGUGAAGCUGUUGGACCAGCUUCGUGUCCCACCAUGGACGAACAUCAGUUUGGAAUUCGAGAAGAUGUGUGCACACGAGGAUGAACUUCGUCAAAUUAUCCCGCCGCUUGGUGCAAAAGUUGCUUCGGUAUAUCCUGGCCAUGGCUUUAAGACGAUGGCAUUGUAUACCGUCUGGUCACCUGCGUCCAGUAUACAACCACGAAGGAUCAAAUAUGCCGUCGACCUAUGGGAUGAUUUGGUCCCUGUUCAGAGUCUUCACAAUCGGGACGGUCCUCCGCCGAACUUUACUUUGAGGAUACCCAAAAGGUACCAACACACUAUCCUUGAGCUAUUCUGCUCUCCAUUGCAUCUCUCCUUCCUGCAGACAUUAUACGUGGAGAAGGUCGCUCUUAUGUCUCCCCUAUGGGCGAGGGUGCUGGCACAAAUGGCACAGGUCACGACAUUGGCUUGUCAGGGGAACUUCCUCGGAUCUUUGGGAACAGUACUCUCGUCGCCCCCAGUGGAACGUGGACGUUCCUCGUGCGAUUGUGACCUGCUGCCGAGACUGAAGGACCUCCAUUUCUUAGAUAUAUGCUUCCAUGAACCUUACGAUGGCGAUUCCAAGAUUACUCUGUUCCGGCGCAUACUGGACUCCUUGGAAGUUCGCAGAGAUAGAGGCCUUCCUAUCGCCAAGGUGGUGAUUAAACAGGCAUAUGAUCUUACGGCUGACGAUGUGGAGUCGUUGGGGGUGUUUGUGGGAGAAAUGGACUGGGAUGGGGCAGAAUUCGACUGAAGGAUGGUCGGUUGAGGCAACUUAACGUGGCUUCCUUCUGAAUGAAAUGCUAUUUUACUUUGAGCUGUAGCCAUAUGAUAAAAUGUAACGAUUAC